CCAUUACAAAACGGCUGAGGACUACUUGCGUGCAAGAUAUUAAAACUUCACUUUGAAACAGCUAUGGCAAGUGACCAACAACCAAUGGAAACAGAUCCAACUCAGAGAGAGGGUACAGCAUUCACCUUGUGGCAAAGUCAGACACAGACCCUAGAGAUUGGUGCCACAAGCGUGGACCAUCAAUCAGAAGAGGGUACAGCAUUCACCUUGUGCCAAAGUCAGACACAGACCCUAGAGAUUGGUGCCACAAGCGUGGACCAUCAAUCAGAAGAGGGUACAGCAUUCACCUUGUGCCAAAGUCAGACACAGACCCUAGAGAUUGGUGCCACAAGCGUGGACCAUCAAUCAGAAGAGGGUACAGCAUUCACCUUGUGCCAAAGUCAGACACAGACCCUAGAGAUGACUGCUGAUACACAAAAUAUCCAGCCAAGUAUGUUGGUUCAUGUUCUCAACCAGAGGCACUUCAAUAUGCAGGAAACUCAUGGAAACACGUCAGCAAAUCAUGGCAACAUGCAAUCAAUUUAUGGCAAUGUACAAGCCAUCCAUGGCAAUGACUGGCAAGUUAAUCUAUUUGACAUAGGGGGAGGUGAAGAACUAUGAAAGAUCCUAGCUCAUCAAAGACUAUUCUGUUAUACAUUUUGUGUAAUAUUAAAAAGAAUAACUUGUAAGAUACUCAGGUUGAGUAGUACAGAGUACUGAGUAUAAAAAAUUAACAAAUUUAAAGGUAUAUGCAAGUAGGUACAUUCAAGAGUAAACAGUUUAACUGAGCAGCCUUAUUUAAGUGUUUGUUAUUGGAAGAAAAUAAUAGUUGGACGAAGUGGACAAAGUUCACAUGAAAACUAUAAUAUUUUUCAGGCUCUUUAUUUUCAUUCUUUUGUUAAGCAACAGAAGUUAAACAUACUUCUUUGAUCUGUUGAUAUAGAAACAUAGUUAGAAACACACAUCAUUUCUUAAAAAUGGCAACAUUCAUUGAGCAGCGUAACCUUUAGUUUUUUUCUUUAACAGAUAAUUUACAUUUCUGCAAAGUUUUGAGUCAAUUUUCAUUUAUUUUAUUAGUAAAAAUGCGUUCAACCAUUGAGCAAAUCCUGUCAUCGGAAUUAAAUUUCAUCAGAAUGUUACUCGAUUCAUUCCUUUCAAGAUCAUAAUUUGUAUCCUCAAGUAAUGGGCUUCUUGCAUGCUUUAGCUAUAUAUU